CAUUUGCUGCAAACCGACAACUGGUGUCGCGAGAGGAGGAGAAAUGAAUUAGGAACGAGGGUAGAUCUGUCUUCUUGCUUUCCCUUUAUUUUUUAAAAAAUAAUUAAUUUCCUCGAGCGAAGAAGAGAAGACAAAGAGAGAAGCUGGCCGCUGGGCUCGCAGAUCGGAACCGACAACACUCGCGACUAAACAAUCAAUCAGAUCUGAGCUUCGGUUGGGUUUUAGGGUUCCAAUCACUCCUCACCUCGCGGCGCGCAUCUCAGUAUGAACAGGAGGAGAGGGUUGGAUUUCCGGAGGGCGGGAGGGCGGAGGAAGAUCUCGAACGUGGUCUGGUGGGUGCUCUCCGCGAUUGUAAUCACCCUCUUCAUCCUCAUUCUCUCCAAAGCUACUCAAAUCGAACCAAGAGCCUCCAUUCCCGAGCGGCGUUACCGUCACGAAAAGCUUGUAGAAGGCAUGAACAUGACCGAAGAGAUGCUGAGCCCUACCUCCUUUGCUCGCCAAGUUAACGACCAGAUUGCUUUAGCUAAAGCCUUUGUCGUCAUCGCCAAAGAAAGUAAAAACCUUCAGUUCGCUUGGGACCUCAGCGCUCAGAUCCGCAACUCUCAGCUGCUUCUCUCCACUGCUGCUGCUUCCAGACGCCCCUUGACGGUUCUCGACUCUGAGCCCACUAUCCGCGACAUGGCUGUCUUGCUUUUCCAAGCUCAGCAGCUUCACUACGACAGCGCCACUAUGAUCAUGAGGCUCAAGGCUACUAUUCAGUCUUUCGAAGCGCAGAUGAGUUCCGUGACCGAGAAGAGCGCCAAGUAUGCUCAGAUUGCUGCUGAGGAAGUGCCCAAGAGUCUUUACUGUCUCGGUGUUCGUCUCACUACUGAGUGGUUUCAGAACUCUGAGUUACAGGGGAAGCUCGUGGAGAGAAGCCAUGCUGUGGCUUCUAAGCUCACGGAUAACAGUUUGUAUCAUUUCUGUGUGUUUUCUGAUAACAUUGUUGCUACUUCGGUCGUGGUUAACUCCACUGCUCUCAACUCCAAGGCCCCUGAGAAAGUCGUCUUUCAUCUCGUCACUAACGAGAUCAACUACGCGGUAAUGAAGUCAUGGUUUGCUAUGAACAUGGACAACCUCAGAGGAGUCACUGUUGAGGUUCAGAAGUUUGAGGAUUUCAAAUGGCUCAAUGCUUCUUAUGUUCCCGUCCUCAAGCAGCUCCAAGACUCUGAUACGCAGAGCUACUAUUUCUCUGGACACAACGACGGUGGACGCACACCAAUCAAGUUCAGAAACCCCAAGUAUCUCUCAAUGCUCAACCAUCUCAGGUUUUACAUCCCUGAAGUGUUCCCUGCGCUGAAGAAGAUGGUCUUUCUUGAUGAUGACGUCGUAGUACAUAAGGAUCUUUCUGCUCUCUUUUCGAUCGAUUUGAAUAGAAACGUGAACGGGGCCGUUGAGACGUGCAUGGAGACGUUCCACCGGUACCACAAGUACUUGAACUAUUCUCAUCCUCUGAUUCGCUCCCACUUUGAUCCUGAUGCGUGUGGGUGGGCCUUUGGGAUGAACGUCUUUGAUUUAGUUGAGUGGAGGAAGAGAAACGUGACGGGAAUAUACCACUACUGGCAAGAAAAGAAUGUGGACCGGACCUUGUGGAAACUUGGGACACUGCCUCCAGGGCUUCUGACAUUCUACGGGUUAACAGAGGCACUAGAGCCGUCGUGGCAUGUCCUGGGAUUGGGAUACGCCAAUGUGGAUGCUCGUGUGAUAGACAAGGGAGCUGUUCUUCACUUCAACGGGAACUUAAAGCCGUGGUUGAAGAUCGGGAUGGAGAAGUACAAACCUUUGUGGGAGAAGUACGUUGAUUACAGUCACCCUUUUAUGCAACAAUGCAAUUUUCAUUGAUAUCUUUAAGAGUUUUGUACUACAUCUUCUAGACAGCCAUAUAUCUUCCACAUUUGGUUACAGAGACACUUGGCAGUGUUUUGUAUGCUCAGACUCCAAUCACUUACUAUACCACUAUGCACUUUUAAUCCACCUUCUUCGAGCUCUAUUGUUGAACUUGAGACACUAGUGGUGGUGCAAUAACGAACUCUUUGUUUUAAUUAUUGUAGUUUGUAUAAUGAAGAAAUUACAUAAGAAAUUUUUAUUCAUGUA